AUGGGGAAAGUAGGAGGUGUGAUUCCAUUCUUAGCCAUGGCUAUUGUGCAAUCAAGCUAUGCUGGGAUGACUAUUACUUCAAAGCUUGCAAUACAAUCUGGCAUGAGCCCUCUUGUGCUUGUUGCUUACCGCCAAAUCUUUGCUACACUCUCCCUUGCUCCCUUCGCUUAUUGGUUUGAACGGAAUACACUUCCCUGUAUGACAAAACGUACCGGAUUACAGAUACUAAUAUCCUCCUUUACAGGAGUUACCGGAAAUCAAAUACUGUAUUUCGUUGGGCUAAAAUAUUCAACCGCUACAAUUGCAACUGCACUCACCAAUUUGCUCCCAGCUUUUACUUUCAUCCUUGCAGUCCUGUGCAGACAAGAGUUGUUGAGAAUGAAAACAAGGGCUGGGCAAGCAAAGGUGCUAGGGACAGUUCUAAGUGUUGGUGGAGCCCUUCUUUUAUCAUUUUACCAUGGAAAGCCCCUUGGUCUUGGGGAUUCAGGUAUUCACUGGAAAUUUGUGCAAGAAAUGGACAGAUCAAGUUCCUCCACUACUCCAACCAAUUUGCUUCUUGGCCCUUUUGCUUUGAUUGCCAGUUCUCUUAUUUGGUCUGUGUGGUUCAUACUUCAAGCAGAAAUAAGCAAGAACUACGCAGCUCCAUAUACGAGCAGCCUGUACAUGUGUAUGAUGGCGAGCAUUCAGUGCGUGGCCAUCGCGUUGUGUUCUGACCGCACCGUCUCAGCUUGGUCACUAAACAAUCCCAUCAGACUCUCCUCUGCACUUUAUGCCGGAAUAGUAUGCACUGGGAUAGGGUAUGGGCUGAUGGCCUGGACCAUCGAAAGAAAGGGACCUCUCUAUGUCUCUGUAUUCACCCCUUUGACGCUUGUCAUCACAGCUCUUCUCACCUGGGCUCUGCUUCAUGAUCAACUCUACGUUGGAACUGCAAUUGGAUCUGUGAUUAUAGUUUUGGGACUCUAUGCUGUUCUGUGGGGAAAGAGCAACGAGAAGAUGAACAAGAAAGAGGGUGUUCAAGUGACAUCAGCAGAUUCGGAUUCAGUAGUCAAGGAUAAAGAAGAAGACGAUGAUGAUGAAAUGAGUGUAAUGGAAAUGCAGUGCUGUGACCAUUCCAAUUGUAACCACAAUAGUAAAUAA